UCUUUGCAUUGGUCACCGGGUAGCGCGGUCGAUGCGAAUAAUAAAGACACACCUACCUAUUGACUUGCCAGCUCCUGGCGUGGAGGGACAAAGGGCAACGACUCCAUGGCAUGCCAAGACACCAUCAUUUGCAAGUGAUCAAUCAAUGAUCGGUCAGGACGCCUGUAGACCCACAAGGCCGGCGGCGGCCGCGGCAGUCCUUGGCGCGCAGCCCGCUGUCUUGACUGCUGCUGCGGCACCGGGCGCACCCGCCGUCAGCGUUGCCCAGCAAGCUCCCGCUGUUGUGUCCCCGGUGUCUGCCGAGGCUCCAGGGACUGGUGCCGGCGGCGGCAGCGGCGGCGGUGCUAAGCUUGAGGCCUCUCUGCUGGCAAACCUAAAGAAGAAGAUCAAGGAAAAGGCGACGGCGCCCGAGAAGCUUAAGACGACGGGAGUGGCGUUCCAGGCGGUGGAAGAGGAAACCCCUCCACCGCCCUCGGAGGGAUCAGCCCCCAGCAUCAAGCUUGCCCUCGGGAAGUCGAUCGGCGGGAAGCCAUUGGGUGGCAAGAUGCUGGGCAAGAAGAAGGGAGGCUUCGGGUUUGGUCGGAAGGCGGCCGGCAAGAACAAGCCGGGAACCACCAAGAAGCACGCUGGAUGGGCAGACGACGAGCAAGAUUCCGAGGAAGAUGGAGAGGACGACAAGACCUUCUUCGGCAUGGGCAAGGGCAGCGACGACGAGGACGGCGGCAAGAAGGGGCUCCAGGGCAUCCCACCGUGGGAACAACCCAACCCCUCGUCGCUUACCAGCAAUGGCGGGGGCUCCGCGGUUGCUGGUUCGGGUGCUGCGGGUGGGGGCGGGGCAGCCGGCGAAGCAGAGGACAACAUGAGUGCCGCCUUUGGCGCGGGGGACAUGACGUCGGCGGCGGCAGCGAACAACCCCGCAAGCGGCGGGGCCCCCGACGUGAGCGGUAUCCUGGGGAACACGAUAUCGCUGGACGAGAUCAUGCGGGCGACGAAGACCAACGAGACGUGGGAAUCAGACGUUAUGGAGUCAGAGUCCGACGUUGGAGGGUCGGAGGAGGAGGACUACGGUAAGGCCUUCGACUUGGCGGACGAUGAUGAUGACGACGGCGACAAGGAGGACGAAACCGAACCCAGCGACGGGGAGUACGUGAUCCCCAUCAGGCCGAUACGAAAGGUGAAGCGAAAAAACGGCCGCAAGUACUACCCUCCCUCGGAGUUCGUGCCGGCAGACGUUGGUCCCGACGGAAAGGUGGUCGUCCCGGCGAAGGCGGAGUCGUCGUUCAAAGAGACUGCGGAGGAGCGAAGGAAGAGGGAGGCGGAGGAGGAGAGGGAGGAGUUGGAGCGGAAGGAGUUUAUGGAGAACUUCCGCAAGGCUCGGGAGGAAGAGGAGGCUAACAGGGCCGUCAAAGCGGCUAAGAAGCAGCAGGAACACGAGGUGGCGGAGGAGGAUGCGAGGAGGAAGGAGGAGAAGCUGGGUCGAAUGUUCGCGGGCGAGGGGGACAUCAUGGAGGAAUAUGAGCGGGACAAGGUUGAGCAAGACGCCUUACAGCUGCUGCAAGACUCGAUGAAAAAGAAGGAGCUAAAGCCCGUGGACCACAGCAAGAUCAGCUACAUCAACGUCCGCAAGAACCUGUACAUCAUCCCGAAGGUUCUAGCCAUGGCCUCCGAGGAGAAGAAGGAAAACGACAGACUAGAGCUAGACAUCAAGGUUAGAGGGAAGGGCUGUCCGCCGGUGUUGCACUCCUGGGAGCAGUGCGGCUUCAGCGACAGGGUGCUGGCGGUCAUCCGACGGAAUAACUUCGAGAAACCGUUUGCGAUCCAGAAGCAAGCGAUGCCCGCGCUCAUGUCCGGGCGCGACGUUAUCGGCGUGGCGAGCACGGGGUCGGGGAAGACGCUGGCGUUCCUCCUUCCGUUGCUACGGCACAUCUUCGACCAGCCGGUGCUCGGCGAGGGGGAGGGUCCCAUCGGUCUCAUCAUGGCUCCUGCCCGAGAGCUAGCCGUACAGAUCUACAACGAGGCCCGGAAGUUCACGAAGGCCUUGGGCCUGAGGGUGACCGCGGUGUACGGCGGCGCCGGGGUGGCGGAUCAGAUCGCUGAUCUUAAGCGCGGCGCCGAGAUCGUGGUGUGCACCCCUGGUAGGAUGAUCGACAUCCUGACGAUGCAGGCCGGGAAGCUGGUGUGUCUUGACAGGGUGUCGUUCGUGGUGCUGGACGAGGCGGACCGGAUGUUUGACAUGGGGUUCGAGCCGCAGAUCAAGAUGAUCCUGCAGAACGUGAGGCCGGACAGGCAGACGGCGCUGUUCUCGGCGACAUUCCCGAGAACGGUCGAGACUCUGGCGAAGAGGGUCCUGAAGAUGCCGCUCGAGAUCAUCGUCGGCGGCAGGAGCAUCGCCAGCUCCGACAUCACCCAGCACGUGGAGAUCAGGGACGACGACGACAAGUUCAUGCGGCUGCUGCAGCUGCUAGGCGUGUGGUACGAGAAGGGAAACAUCCUGGUGUUCGUUGACACGCAGUCCAAGUGCGACACCCUCUUCCAGGACCUUUCGCGGGCGGGGUACCACGGGCUGUCGCUCCACGGUGGGAAAGACCAGACGGACAGGGACUUCACCAUCGCAGACUUCAAGAACAAGUCCGCAACGCUGAUGGUGGCGACAAGCGUCGCCGGAAGGGGUCUCGACGUCCCUGAUCUGGUGUGCGUCAUCAACUACUCGUGCCCCAAUCAUUUGGAGGACUACGUCCACCGUGUCGGGAGAACUGGGAGAGCCGGGCGUAAGGGCACGGCGUACACGUUCAUCAGCGCGGAGGAGGAGAAGCACGCCCCCACGCUCAUCAAGGCCCUCACGCAGUCCAAGCAGAAGAUACCACCGGAGCUGGUGAAAAUGGCCGAAGAAUUCCAGGGCAAGGUGGACAGCGGGCAGGCUCGAAAAGCCAGCAGCGGUUUCUCCGGCAAGGGCUUCACCUUCGACGACUCAGAGCAGAGCGAAUCGCAGCAGAUGCGAUCUCUCGAGAAGCGGCAGUACGAGAUUGAGCAGGGGCUGCGAGACCCGUCCGAGCUCCUGGGCGGCAAGGAGAAGGGCGAGGAAUGGGACGAGGGGGACGAGGAGGAGAGCGAGGCGUCCAAGGCGGCAAGAGCCGAGAACCUGACCAAGGCAGCCAUCACGGCGGCGAGUAAGCUCCUCAAGUCCACCGACGAGGUGGAGAGGAUGAAGGGGGCGGCGAUGAUGACUGCGGCAAAGCUAGGCCUGGCAGUGCCAAGACCAGAGCCGGGCGGGGAGGGCAAAGACGGCAAGCCCAAGACCCCUCAGGAGGCUCUGAAGGAGGCAGCGGCGAUCGCUUUGAGAUAUUACAGCCCGGAUGGAAAGGGGCCCGACUCGGAGCCAACCCACUUCACGGACAAGAUCGUGAUCAACGACUUCCCUCAGCAGGCUCGGUGGAAGAUUACGCAGAAGAGCACAGUCAACGAGGUCUACGAAAUGACGGGCGUCGCCAUCAUUACCAAGGGCAUGUACAUCGGCAACAACCAAAAGCCCAAGGAAGGGGAGGAGAAGCUGCACCUGGUUGUCGAGGGCAAGAGCGAGAUAGACGUACAGGCCGGCAUCAGCGAGAUUCGAAGGAUUUUGAACGAAGAGACGAUGAAGGUGGCGUCUUCCUCAUCGUUCUCAUCUGGAAAAUACUCGGUCAUCUAGGCAGCGGCGGCGAACCGGUGCUCUUCUGCGGUUGCCGUGGUCCCAGUCUCCACGCUCGAGACGGCGUGUGAAUACGCGUGUGUUGAACUGCGAGGGCACGAUUUUUCUCGCGCGUAUGUAGGCGUCUCAGUCAGUGCUACAUAGGGAACAUAGCGAAGGGGGGAAGACACGCUGGUUGUCGCGCCUGCUGCUACUGCUGUGCUACUGGUGUCGUGGUCGUUUGCGAUACUUGAGGUUGUAUUCUUGUGCGGUGUGUGGUUUGUUAUUUGUACCGUAGAAGGUGUGUGUGGUUCAAUCUGUGGGCGUUUCAUGUUGGUAAAAUCAUUCAAAUUUAGUUACUCGAAUCAAGGUUUUGCAGUACGGCCGUGGUGUGGGCAUCAGCUUGGGUGGGCACGUCGGGCAGCUAGUACCUAGCCCUGUGGCUCCUGCGCUGUGCUGUUGAACUCGAAGGCAAGCAUGGCUGUAUGUGCGCUUGCUCGGAUGCUUGUUGUGUGCUCUGAUACUGACACGUAGGCAGUGGAUGCAUUCUCGACGAGCGCGUGGAACGGAAGGCCGGCCCUCAAAGCUCAUCUUGACGAGAUGAUCGAACUGUGGCCAAUGCCUCAUGCCAAAUCUCGCCGAUUUCGCAAAACAGCCCGCAGGACUGAAAGCAGUGAUCUGAGCGACCGAGAGGCCGGAGCGAAGACAGAGAACGGCACUCCAUCGCUUCUGCUCCGCGCCACGCAAACGGUAUGCAACGAUUCAGCAGAGGGUUUGCUGUUUAGUGCCACGCCGUCUGGUGAAAUAGUGUUCUGGGAUGCUGAUCCGAGCAAUCAGGGCGGGCUGAUGUGUUCGGAUUGCUUCUAUUCCCCUUGUUUUGGGCUAUGAUAUUUCUGUUUUUAUUGUAGCUGUACUCCGCGUCGCACAAAGUCAUCGUGUUACUUUUGCUGUCUUUGUCGAGCUCGACGAGAGGGUGCGUCCACAACCUCCGCCACUACGAAACUUCCCGCAGGAGUCGUCUCUCUUGCUUGCGUGAGGAGGAAGUGGUGCCGACUGGUGAUGGUGCAUGGGCCGGCAGGCAGGCACCCAGCAACUGCAGUGACGAUGCAGUUUACGGUGAAGUCGUCGCUCGCUCGAUGUUUAUUCUCGUGCAAUCCGCGCACCCACGUUACGUUCGUCAGCCGCGUACAUUGCCCCUGUCUUGUGUGUGACUGCGUGUGACGUUUCGGCGAUGCAUGCGUGUGUGCGGGGGUCCCCGUUAUGUCGCGCGAAACGGGUUCAGAGAGAGAAAGAUAGACCAAGACAAGACGUCGCGACCGUACCGCGUUGUCAGGGCAAGCAUGGCUUCCUACGGCAGUCGAAUCGUUGCGCUCAAACCAGAGCUCUCUCGCUAGCUUUGUCCCGCGCGUGCUGCCCGUAGACGUGUCAUCGGUGUCGACGAGUCUGGGCAUGGACGGCUCUUGCCAAGGGCCUUCCUUGCCGUCUACUACACCGCCAAGAACUGGAGCUUGCAAAGCCACAACAGGCAGCUUUGCUUUGGGAUGGAUACGUUGUAGCGAGCUCACCGCGAGGCAGCACCCACCACAUCGCAUACAACUCGCGAGCAUCCUGGAACCGCGGGGGCUCCGCCCAUCACUGCGGGCAUUCACGCGCGAAGAAAGUUCAUCUGGCCGUCCAACCAGACCAGGCCAUCACCCCGAUGCCAUGGGAUAUGCGUGGCUGUGACUCGAAAAUGCGGAGUUCAAAACUCCUUCUCCUGCACCGACUGACGGCUGGAAAAACUCCUGGGGAAUUCCCCUGAGUUCGUCAACCACCCGAAAAAGUCCCUGGUACGCCUCGACUCACUCUUCUUUUAUUAUACUGUGGUCACGCUCAACUCUGUUUUUGUGUAACCCACCGCGAACCAAUUCCACCUCGUCACCAUGGGCACCUCGAAAAUGGUCGCGUGCGUGACACAUGAAAACGCAACACUCAUCGGUUCAGCUGCCUGCCGUCCAAUAAGGCACGCGCCACGCCCAUCACGAAUUCAACCACAGCAUCGCCAUGGACACCAUUUGUCCCUUCAGUUCAUGACGACGACAGCAUCGGGCCAUCCCCGUGACAAUGUGUCCACACGCGCAUGUUUGCUUAUCGCUUAAAGCAGCAGCCCACGAUCUCGCUGCGGGGGGGUUGAUUCCGCCCCCUUCGGACGCUUAAAUGCUAUUCGUCGUUGGUGUGACGUUCUUGUGCUCCUUGCUGACUCUAUUUGGAACACAUCACCAAUCAUCUGAUCCAUUCGCGAAGAUAGAUAUGUAAGCAUGAAACGCUGUAGGAUGCUUAUGCACCAAGAGUUUACGACAAGCAGUUUUUCAGGGUGAGGAGCCCUCUGGUGUGACAACGGAUUGAUAGCUCAUAUGCAUACCCCGAACAAAUACUGUGAGCGUUGAUCCACACUGACGAAUCAAGAAAAAAAUAGCAGGCUAGAUUGGUUGUGAGUUUUCACCUAUAGUCUGUGCUCGCUAUCAUAGUUCAGUUUGAGUGGAUAGACUAGGCACUGCGUGUUCGUCUUUCUUUGCGUCCCACGGUCGUUACUCACCGUCCCGCAUCAUGCCAACGACCCAAAAGAAAUCGAGAAUCUCCUAGAGGACCAGCACGAUUACCUCUCAGGCAAGCUGUGUUGCCGAUCGCUUCAAAAUCAGCCCAUGACCUUGCUACUGGUCACCAUCGGGGUGUUGAUGAGUUGACAGUUUCUCCUGCGACUGCUCAGGGAUCGGGGUGCACCGACCGGAGGGAGAUAUCUGCGUAGCGGGAACGAUGAUGAGGUCUUGGGAUCGGUAGUAAUCCAACACCGGCAUGUCCGACUGCUCGUGCUCCACCGGUACCAGUGUCGGAGGUUCGUUGAUGCCCUGGACAGUUCAGAAAACACGGUGG